UUAUCCGUUGUACCGCAGUUUUUCGCCAUGCCUGAGUUUGCCAAGUCCACUCCUGCCCCGAAGAAGGGUUCCAAGAAGGCGGUGACCAAGGCCCAGAAAAAAGAUGGUAAGAAGCGCAAGCGCAGCCGCAAGGAAAGUUACUCGGUGUACGUGUACAAGGUGCUGAAGCAGGUCCACCCGGACACCGGUAUCUCGUCUAAAGCCAUGGGCAUCAUGAAUUCGUUCGUUAACGACAUUUUCGAGCGCAUCGCGGGCGAGGCGUCGCGCUUGGCGCAUUACAACAAGCGCUCGACCAUCACCUCCAGGGAGAUCCAGACGGCCGUGCGCCUGCUGCUGCCCGGAGAGCUGGCCAAGCACGCCGUGUCUGAGGGCACCAAGGCUGUCACCAAGUACACCAGCUCCAAGUGAGUCACUGAUUGCAGAGCGAUUGAUCAGACUUUCUCACACCCAAUGGCUCUUUUCAGAGCCACCUACACUUUCCGAAAAAGAGCUUGUCCGUUGUU